AGAGGUCAAAGUGGAACAGGGAAGAAGUUGAACUUCUCCUUGGCUAGUGGGAGGAGAAAUUGCCGCAGAUUCGAGGCGUUAAACGCAAUUCUCAUGUGUUUAAAGAUAUGUCGCUGGAAAUGGCUACAAGAGAAUAUGUUUAUUCCGCCAAUGAAAUUCGAGUAAAGAUUUACAAUUCGACCAAUAAAUACAGAGAUGAAAAGAAAGCAGUUGGUCCAUCUGGUGGCAGUCCGCCGACUUGGGAAUACUAUUGGUUAAUAAAUUGUAUUCUCGGCAGCUAUAAAAGCUUUAAUUUGGAAACUUUAGUGAAGGAGCGUACAGGUUAG